GCUUACAAUCCAAAGAUGCCUAAAUUCAUUGUUAAUACAAACAUAAGCAAGGAUAAAGUUCCCAAGUCUUUCACGGGAGACCUUACCCAACAGUUAUCAAAAGCAAUGGGCAAGCCAGCACAGUACAUAGCUGUGCACAUCAUACCUGAUCAGAUGAUGUCCUUCGGGGGCUCCACCGAUCCCUGCGCGCUCUGCAGCCUUUACAGCAUCGGCAAGAUUGGAGGGCAGCAGAACAAGACCUACACCAAGCUCCUGUGUGAUCUGAUCUCUAAGCACUUGCAUGUAUCUGCAGACAGGGUGUACAUCAACUACUUUGACAUGAAUGCUGCCAAUGUGGGCUGGAAUGGCUCCACCUUUGCGUAGAGCUCUCCUGUCUGUCUGAAGAGGCUGCUCCUGGACCUGCCCUCAUCCUGCCCCUUAGCAGAGACCACUGCACAAAUGGCCCUGUGUUGCAUUUUGUGCACUCUCACAGAUUGACGGCUCCUUGCUAGUGUGUUUAAAUAUUGCUGCUUCAACAUUCCUCUGUUUUCUCUGUGUAGAAAACAAAUAAAGGUUUAGAAAUAAA